GACCGGUGAGGUUAUCACAACUUGCCAUUUUGCGUGCAUACCAACGGGGAGGAAAAGGCAUUAAAUUUUAUGCAUUUUUAAAAUCGGCCGCGCGUCGAUGUGGCCGGGCAUUUUUUCCUUCAUUUUAUUACACCCCAAAGGAGGAUUAACUUGUAAUAGCGGAUUGGUGUGCGCGUGGAGAAAGGCAUUUUGCAAAAAUUGAGGAAUAUUUUUUGGAAUUUCUCCCUUGUGAGAACUACAGCGCGAAAUUGCUUUUCGUGCACGAUUGCAUUGGCAUCACUUCAAACCGUGACUGAUUAAAAAUGUCCCUAUUUCGAAACGGAAAGGGACAACCGUUUUAAUGGCAUAUUUAGCGCAUCAGUAUAGAAGCUCGUUAACCGCUUUGCCAUUUCGCGAGGGGGGAAGUAUACAAAAGAGAGGCAUAAAAAUGCACGCAAAGGAAGCAUUCAGGGGACUAAGGGUGAUGACAUUACUGACACUCGCUUCAACUGCACGCUGUUAUCCGAAGUGAGUGAAAGGGGACGUGCGCCUGUCGUAUACCUGUGCAGGCAGCACGCAGGUGUGUGUACGAGUAUGUACAUAUAUAUAUUUAUAUCUAUAUGUAUGUGUGUAUGUAUGUACUCCCGCUGAGCCAUUCGCCCGCGUAAUUUUAAGGAGGCCCCCCCCGGGAACGCGCCAAAAUGGUGCUCCUGAAAAUUCUCAAGAAAAUAAAGGAAAAGCAAAAAAACUUAAGAAUAAUCAUACUUGGGUUGGACAACGCGGGGAAAACGACAAUCGUGAAGAGGCUCCUGGGGGAAGACAUUUAUAAGGUAAGUCCCACGUUCGGAUUUACCAUUGAGACGUUGCAGUUUGAUAAGCACCUGAUUAAUAUAUGGGACAUAGGGGGGCAGAAAAGCAUUAGGCACUUUUGGAAAAAUUAUUACGAGAAUGUAGACGGCAUUAUUUACGUCAUCGAUAGUUCCGAUUUGUUCAGAAUCCAGUUAUGUUCAUAUGAGUUGAAGCAAAUUUUAAAAGAGGAGAGGCUCUACGGGUGUUCCCUGCUGAUUUUAUCUAACAAGGUGGACAUAGAGAACUCUUUAAAGGUGGAGCAAAUCGUUCAUAUUUUGAAGCUAAACGAAAUGAACAUCGAUCGCCACUGGUGCAUAAAUGAGUGCAGCGCUUUUUCGGGAAAGGGGUUACUAAAGUCGUUUAUGUGGUUGAUCGAUGACAUAAGCUACAGAAUUAACAGCACUUACUGAUUUGGUUCCUCCCCCUCGCGCUUAUUCGAACAGGAUGUGCCAUUCAAGAAGCUGUACGUUUGUUUGAAGCGCAUAUGUAUGUAUUAUUUCUUCCCAUUAGUGCAAAGUGCGCGCUUUACUCAAGGUCCUAUUCCACUGUCAGACAAUUUUGCAUUUUUUAGGAGUUAAUUGCUAGCGAAAAGGAGAAGAUCACACAAGCGCAUAAAAAAAAGUUACUCUGUUGCUUUCCACGUAUGUAUAUUCAUUUACAUACGCAAACACGUGCACACACAAUUGCGCAAUGUGCUCUUAGCAG